ACAGCCAGUGGCAGGCAGCGGUGUCACCGGCAAAAAAAUUCGAAACGAGCGGUGUCUGCCUAUCACUGCCAUUUCGCUCGCGAAGAAAUCGCGAGGGGAAGCGUGCCGAGCUGAGCAGGCAGGCGGUAGUGGCCGAGCGAAAGCAUCCCCGAUCUCAACGUCUCGUAGUCGUAGCUGCUGCCUCUCACUCAGGGCAAUGGAGAGGGCGGUGCCGGUUCGGAAGCCGCACACCAGCACGGCCGACCUUCUCUCCUGGUCGGCCACGGCCCCUGACGCAUCUGCCUCGCCGGCCGCGUCCUCCCGCCCCAGCCUCAAGCCGGCCGCCGGGAUUACGCCUGCGAUGUUCGGCGCGCCGGUCACCGAGCAGGAGGCCGAGGAUCUGAGCAAGAGUGAAAGGAAAUUUUGCUCCGGAUCGAAGUUGAAAGAGAUGAGUGGGAGUGGGAUUUUCGCUGAGAAGAGUGAAAAUGGUGACUCAGAGGCUUCAAAUCCUGAUAACAAGACUUCCUUGAGGAUGUACCAGCAAACUGUGACUGGAAUAAGCCAGAUUUCAUUUAGUGCUGAUGGAAGUGUUUCACCGAAGAAGCCGUCGUCAAUACCUGAGGUGGCUAAGCAGCGAGAGCUUAGUGGUACCCUGGAAGAUGCUGAUGCUAAAAUCAAUAAGCAGCUUUCUGAAGCCAAGACCAAGGAGCUUAGUGGGAGUGACAUCUUUGGUCCGCCUCCUGAGAUUCCUGCCAGGCCAUUGGCUGCUCGUAACAUGGAGCUACAAGGAAAUGUCGAUUUUUCACUUCCACAGCGAAGCGUCCACACAUCAGUUAAAGUAUCAAAUCCUGCUGGAGGUCCGAGCAACAUCUCAUUCAGUGAAGAGCCCGUAGUGAAGACAGCAAAGAAAAUCCACAACCAGAAGUUCCAGGAGCUGACAGGUAACAACAUCUUCAAGGAGGACGUCCCUUCCUCAGCCGAGAAGUCUCUGAGCUCUGCGAAGCUGAAGGAGAUGAGUGGCAGUGACAUCUUCGCCGAUGGAACGCCAGCUCCCCGAGAAUACCUCGGCGGCAUCCGGAAGCCCCCUGGUGGCGAGAGCAGCAUCGCGCUGAUCUGAUUGUCCUGGACUGCUUUAAUUCGGACCGGCUGUAGCUCCCAUCGCCACUAAAGCUCGCAGAGAGUGCAUUUCUCGACCUCUCGAUUCUCCAUCCGUGUUGGGAUCAUAAUUUAUGUUGGGUAUCGUUAGUCUAAUAUAAUGUAGAGUCAGCAGAAUCUGACUCGUAUCGUCUGAUACGCUGGUGUGUGAUCUCGCAUCUUUUAUUGUUGCGACAUUAUUAUGUUAUAUAUUUGUACACCCGAACCGAAACUUACGCAAUAAUUAAAUUUUGGACUCA